GAGGUUCAGAGGGAGAAGCAGACUCCCUGCUGAGCAGGGAGCCCAAUGUGGGACUCGAGAUCCCGGGACUCCAGGAUCAUGACCUGAGCUGAAGGCAGUCGCUCAACCAACUGAGCCACCCAGGCGUCCUAGAAUGUUUUUAUGCUCUAGUCUCUGUAAACCAAUUCUGGAAUAAAAUGGGUAUAAACAAACAGAAGAUAUAACUUGAAUUCCUGAUUCAGUGGGUUUUUGUUGGGGGGGGUUAGAAAGAAAUUAUUUUGCAAAUAGGAAUGGAUAUAAUGCAUAUUUAAGUUGUCCUUCAGAAUGGAAAGUACAAUAUUCACCCUGAACAGAUACAGUAAUUGAAAAAGCUCUAAAAGGAACCAAAGAUAAAUAUACUUUGUAUUUCUAGGAAUCAGUACAUGGUAAAAAUCAUUAAUAUCAAAGAAAAUAAAUCUUUGGAUAAACUGGUAUGUAACUUGCAUAUCAGCAUUGAUUAGAAACACCAUUACGUUGAGGUGGUAACUUAGAGAACUUGAAUCUUGAGUUAUUCUCUUCACAGUUGAACUAAAUGUUUAGAAUAAUUUAACAUAGUAUAAUUAUUAAGCAAUAGAAAUUGUAGUGUUAGCAAUGGAAUAAACUUAAUAAGAGGCCAUUCCCAAAUGAUCAAUUUCUAAAAGUCUAAAAAACACAGCAUCACUAGUAACCUACAAACAUGGACUUUUCGUGUUCAUAUACAUGAUAAUAUAGUUAGUCCAGUAGUACGUUCUCUUAGAUGUCUAUAUCCAAGGUAAAACUUUUCUUAGGAUUCUAAUUUGUAAGACAAAAACCACCUUUAAAGAGCUAGUGGUCACACACAAGGAAUGUAUAAAGAAAAAAUUAAAAGCCUACAAAGUAAAACAUGGACCAAUAUAUGAAGGAAUUAUGAGAGAAGCAAUAGAAAUGAAAGAAAUAGUAUAAACACAAACGUACUUCCAUUUCGAGCCACAGGAUGUCGUUGUUCUCCAAGGAGAGGAUGCUUUAAACAGAAGGAAAUUACGGUAAUUCACGGGCCAGAAAGAAUCUCCACGGUUCCGGUGUUUUAAAGACUCUACACACCCAUGUUGUUAAAAUCAGUUGGGAUCUCAGGAACAAAGACUUGAAAGGUCUAAAAGGACCACACCUUUCCGCUCUUGAAAUGUUGAUUUACUAACCAGAAGCAAAGCAGGAUGUUAGCUUCAGGACCAGGUGGCCAGGGAACCAGGCACUUGCUGCUCUCGGUUCUGCUCCUUGCAGCGUGGGGGGCCGAGAGCGGCCAGGUCCAUUACUCGGUCCCGGAGGAGGCCAAACACGGCACCUUCGUGGGCCGCAUCGCCCAGGACUUGGGGCUGGAGCUGGCAGAGCUGGUGCCGCGCCUUUUCCGAGUGGCGUCCAAGGGUCCCGGGGAUCUUCUGGAGGUAAAUCUGCAGAAUGGCAUUUUAUUUGUGAAUUCUCGGAUCGACCGGGAGGAGCUGUGUGGACGGAGCGCGGAGUGCAGCAUCCACCUGGAGGUGAUCGUGGACAGGCCGCUUCAGGUUUUCCAUGUGGAGGUGGAGGUGAAGGACAUUAACGAUAAUCCGCCUGUAUUCCCAGCAACACAGAAAAAUUUGUUUAUUUCCGAAACAAGGGCUCUUGACUCUCAUUUUUCACUAGAGGGCGCCUCUGAUGCAGAUAUCGGGGCCAACGCUCUGCUCACUUACAAACUGAGCCCCAGUGAGUAUUUCUCUUUGGAAGUACCCACCAACGACGAUCAGGUAAAACCGCUUCAACUAGUACUAAAAAAACUCUUAGACAGGGAAGUCGCUUCAGAGCUUCUCUUGGUGCUCCAAGCAACUGAUGGGGGCAAACCUGAGCUGACAGGUAACACAGAGUUACACAUCACAGUGCUGGAUGUAAAUGACAACGCCCCAGUAUUUGACAAAGCAGUCCAUCGUGUAAAAUUACUGGAGAAUUCGAGAAACGGUACCCUGGUUAUUAGACUUAACGCCUCGGAUUUGGAUGAAGGUUCAAACAGCCACAUUCUUUAUUCCUUUGCAACUGAUGUCUCCUCUAAUACAGAAGCCUUUUUCUGCAUAGAUUCAGCCAGUGGAGAAAUAAAAGUAAACGGAAAAAUAGAUUUUGAAGAAACUAAAUUAUGGAAACUUCAAAUAGAAGCAGUUGACAAAGGAAAUCCCCCGAUGUUUGGUCACUGCACAAUCUUGGUAGAAAUCUUGGACAUUAAUGAUAAUGCUCCGGAGUUGCUAGUGACGUCACUAUCGUUGUCUGUUCCAGAGGAUGCUACACUAGGGACUGUCAUCGCCCUAAUCAGUGUAACUGACCGUGACUCUGGUGCCAACGGGCAGGUGACCUGCACCCUGUCACCCCACGUUCCCUUCAAGCUGGUGUCCACCUUCAAGAAUUACUAUUCGCUGGUGCUGGACAGCGCCCUGGACCGAGAGAGCGUGGCGGACUAUGCUCUAGUAGUGACCGCGCGUGACGCAGGCUCGCCUUCGCUCUCCGCCACGGCCAGCGUGUCCGUGGAAGUGGCGGACGUGAACGACAACGCGCCGGCAUUCGCGCAGCCCGAGUACACGGUGUUCGUGAAGGAGAACAACCCGCCCGGCUGCCACAUCUUCACGGUGUCUGCGCGGGACGCCGACGCGCAGGAGAACGCGCUGGUGUCCUACUCGCUGGUGGAGCGGCGCGUGGGCGAGCGAGCGCUGUCGAGCUACGUGUCGGUGCACGCGGAGAGCGGCAAGGUGUACGCGCUGCAGCCGCUGGACCACGAGGAGCUGGAGCUGCUGCAGUUCCAAGUGAGCGCGCGCGACGCGGGCGUGCCUCCCCUGGGCAGCAACGUGACGCUGCAGGUGUUCGUGCUGGACGAGAACGACAACGCGCCCGCGCUGCUGCCGCGGCCGGGGGCGGGCGGCGGCGCUGUGAGCGAGCUGGUGUCGCGGUCGGUGGGCGCGGGCCACGUGGUGGCGAAGGUGCGCGCGGUGGACGCCGACUCUGGCUACAACGCGUGGCUGUCGUACGAGCUGCGGCCGGCGGCGGGUGGCGCGCGCAGCCCGUUCCGCGUGGCGCUGUACACGGGCGAGAUCAGCACGACGCGCACCCUGGACGAGGCGGACUCGCCGCGCCAGCGCCUGCUGGUGCUGGUGAAGGACCACGGCGAGCCGGCGCUCACGGCCACGGCCACUGUGUUGCUGUCGCUGGUGGAGAGCGGCCAGGCGCCCAAGGCGUCGUCGCGGGUGCUGGCGGGCGCCGCUGGCGCCGAGACGGCGCUGCUGGAUGUCAACGUGUACCUGAUCAUCGCCAUCUGCGCGGUGUCCAGCCUGUUGGUGCUCACGCUGCUGCUGUACACGGCGCUGCGCUGCUCGGCGCCGCCCGCGGAGGGCGCGUGCGCGCCUGGGAAGCCCACGCUGGUGUGCUCCAGCGCGGUGGGGAGCUGGUCGUACUCGCAGCAGAGGCGGCAGAGGGUGUGCUCCGGGGAGGGCCCGCCCCCGGCCCCGCCCCCGCCCGCGUCCAAGACCGACCUCAUGGCCUUUAGCCCUAGUGUUCCCCCUUGUUCAAGUUCUGGAGAUAGUGGAGAACAACAGGAGAUUUUUGGGAAUGAUGUAAGUACAGUAAUUCUGAAUGUAUUUAAUGCCUGUUGAUGUCAAUCGCAUAGUAUGUUCAGCGACAUUAGUAUAAGUUUAUUGUUUCUUUGUUUUGUUUUCUUGGGAUGGUUUAUUUUAAAACAUACUGGAAGUCUAGCUAUUUUUAUUACGUUUCACUGAAGUCUUAAUGAACACACCAGGAACCUUAUUUAGUUGCUGAAAAUAAUAAUAGUGGUAGUAAUAGCAGUAAUGAAAUAGAUGGCUAAAGCUGUCUGUAAAUGAAGAAGGCUAAGUCAUCCAGGCAAGGAUCACUGAUGGGAAAUGGAGGAUGUAGGCAAAGCUUAAAUAUAGUUCUCAAUUUUGCAGCAAGUUCAAUUUUUCUAUUCAUUUCCUUAUUCUAAUUGGUGUCCUCCCCUCAUUGCGUUCAUGUAUUAAAAAUUACCAUAAUAAUGCCUAACUUCAUAAUUUAGUUAUUUUGAGUUUGAAAUGUGUUUGAAUUCUUACCUUCCUAUAAACUCUAAAUUUAUUUAUUACUAAUGGGCAUGGGCUGAGGUGGCUUCCUUUUAUAAAGAAGUUUGUUUCUUUAUAAUCAGUGGCAUACUUCUUUGAGAUACUGGGUGAAGUUUCAGCCUUACCUUUGGGGAGGACUUUACUUUUUUGUCUUUAAUCCUCUCAUGAUUUCCUGCUUAUUUUCUUCAUAGUCUUCAGCUGCUUCAGAUACACUACUUUUUUUUUUUUUACUUCCUAGUGUAAUUUCAGUUUUGCUAAUUGCCUGCUGAAUCUAUUGCUGCUCUCCUCCAAAUGAAUUCAUUGAUUUCCUUUUUUAUUUGGAAGAUUUAUUUGAUAUUUGAUCAUAUUUAUGUUUCUUCCAUUCAUGGUACCCAUUGUGAGUCUGUAUGGAAAUAUUUUAGGGUAGGGUAGGAAAAUUCACACUUCCCUGUGCUUUGAGUUUAAGAGAGAGUCUUCCUGGGGCACCUGGGUGGCUCAGUUGGUUAAGCGACUGCCUUCGGCUCAGGUCAUGAUCCUGGAGUCCGCAUCGGGCUCCCUGCUCAGCGGGGAGUCUGCUUCUCCCUCUGACCCUCCCCACUCUCAUGCUCUCUCUAUCUCAUUCUCUCUCUCAAAUAAAUAAAUAAAUAAAUCUUAAAAAAAAAAAGAGAGAGUCUUCCUGUAUAUGCAGAAGCGUGGUACUGCUGCCUGUGUCCACCAAGCCACUAGGUCUUUGAAAUGACAUUGAUUUAAAUAGCUUAAGCAUAACAACCAUGAAAUAUCUGUAAAGUCACUUCCAUUUGACAAUGGUGUUGUUGAUCACAUUUCACAAUUUGAUAUUGUAUACUUUAGAUACAUUUGAUGCAAAAUCAUGUGAAUUGUUUUCUUUAAGGAGAUCACAGAGAACUUGUAUUUAGAGCUAUAAGCAUCUAAAUCAAUUGAUGUGAAAGUUUAUUUAUUUAUUUAUUUAUUUAUUUAUGCUCCAGUGUACAAGUUGUUGUGUGGAGAAAUAAAUUAUAUAUGAUAUAUUUACAUGUGGAGGAGAACCAUGUUAUGGAUAGGGUAAAGUUAAUAAAAAUGCUGAGGAAGCAUUAGUCGCCAUUUUCUACCCACAAAAAAGGGAUGAUUGCCAUGAAGAUGAACAUUAGGAAAUCUUCUGAAAAGGAAAAACCAGGCCCUAGUUUAUCAUACUGAAAAUCUCUUCAUCCAUAGCUACAAAGUAGAAUAAGAACAGUCACUAACUACAAAUAAACCACUACUAUUUGAACUGUUUGUUUAUUAGAACAUUGUGUGAAGGACUUAAAAUACAUAAUUUAAUCCUUAUAACAACUUAUAAAACACAUGUGACUAUCCAAAUUUUAAUGAUGGACUAAGGGCGCCUGGGUGGCUCAGUCGUUAAGCGUCUGCCUUUGGCUCAGGUCAUGAUCCCAGGGUCCUGGGAUCGAGUCCCACAUCGGGCUCCUUGCUCAGUACAGAGCCUGCCUCUCCCUCUGCCUGCCUCUCCCUCUGCCUGCCUGCCACUCCCCCUGCUUAUGCUCUCUCUCACUCUCUCUGUGUCAAAUAAAUAAAUAAAAUCUUUUAAAAAAAAUGAUGAACUAAGAGAUGGUAAGAUAUUUUUCUAGCUUGUCUACUGCCAUCCAGCUAGUACAUGGUA